UCGAGUGCCUCACCAGGCAGAAUAGCAUUGUGUUCCUCCAAGUAGCGCCAGGAAGACAAGCUCAAGCUCUAAAACUAGAAGUAGCGCCAACACCAAGCAGCUUCUUCUGCUUAGGCCUCCUCUCCUCCUGGUUCUUGGUCUGACGGUCGUCUUCUUGUUCCCACCAGCGAUCAUGUCUUCCUCUUCCACGCCCGUGACGUUUGAGAAUCCGAGGAAGGUGGUGAAGAAGGUGCUGUCCUUGUCCCAGUCCGAGGGGGACGGCGCCACCGUCCGCCGGAGCAUCGGCGGUUGCGAGCUCCGGAACCUGGACCCGUUUCUCCUGCUCGACGAGUUCUCCGUCUCCAAGCCCGCCGGAUUCCCCGACCACCCCCACCGGGGCUUCGAGACCGUCACCUACAUGCUCGACGUACGGACGCAUGCUCUGAGCUUCUUCCAUGUUUUUUCUCAAAUUUACUCUGCCUCCAUCGUGUUGCCUGCAAGGUGUUUGCUGAAAUGCUGUUCUGUCUUCUACGUUCUGACGAUGCAUGCAGGGGGCCUUCACCCACCAGGACUUCUCGGGGCACAAGGGCACCAUCAGGACAGGAGAUGUCCAGGGCGCGGCAUCGUGCACUCGGAGAUGCCGGCGGCCGACGGCGUGCAGAAGGGCCUGCAGCUCUGGAUCAACCUCGCCUCCAAGGACAAGAUGAUCGAGCCACGGUACCAGGAGCUCAAGAGCAAGGACAUUAGCCAGGCUGAGAAGCAUGGUGUGAAGGUGCGGAUCAUCGCAGGGGAGGCCUUCGGGGUGCAGUCGCCAGUCUACACACGCACACCAACAAUGUACAUGGACUUCACAAUGCAACCAGGGUCGCAGCUCCACCAGCCGAUCCCCGAGGGCUGGAACGCUUUCGUGUACAUCAUCGAGGGGGAGGGUGUAUUUGGUGGGGAGGGCGAUGCACCGGCGAGCACGCACCAUUGCCUCGUGCUUGGUGCCGGCAACGGGCUUAGCGUGUGGAAACGGUCUGGCGCGCAGCUGCGGUUCGUGCUGGCGGCAGGGCAGCCGUUGAAUGAGCCAGUGGUGCAGCAGGGGCUCUUCGUCAUGAACUCUCGUGCCCAGAUCCAGCAGGCCAUGCAGGACUAUUACUACGGACGCAACGGCUUCGAGAAGGCCAGCCAGUGGAGCUCCGCCUGAUUCUCAUCAGUGUCUGGAUGUGAUGAUGAUCAACGUCAUUGUGCAUUGUCGUGCAAAUGAUCAGGGAGGAAUGAGAGAUUGCAUUUUACCAUUACAUUGAUGCCUUUGUGUAGAGUGACGUAGUAGUCUUGUUCUUCUUCGAUUUUGUUCUUUUUUACUUGUUUAUAGGAAAGAAUGUGAUGCAAUACAAGUUUGU